AUGCGUUCUCUUAUUUUCUUCUCUGGGCUGAUGGCUGUUCUGGUUCAUUGUGAGUACCCAGUUUUGGAUAGCUAUCCAACUCCUCCGCCAUUGUAUCCAACUGCAAAAAAGUAUCCAGUUGCUUUGACAUACAAAUCUUCUCCAGCCGAAAGUGAAGUGAAGCCAACUUAUUCCGCUGUGGCGGCUCCAUCAGCCGAAGUUUCAAAAUUCUUUAGCGACGAGGAUAACGCCGCAGAAGAUUCCGUAUCUACUUCAGAGUCUCGCAAAAGAGCAAAAGCACGAACUGCUCACAAUCGACAAUACCUGCAUCGUGAGCUCCAACCAAUCAAGAGAUUCCAGCAGAAGAAGCAGUGAAAAUUUAGGAUUGUCGCCAUUUUUUGUUCUCUCAACAACAUUUAUCGGCUUAAUGCGAAUAAAAUGUUCAGAAUGCUAUAAU